UGCUGCGGCCAGCGGUCUCUCUCUCUCUCACUUUCUCUCUCUGAUUCAUCUUCCUGCAGAAAUGGCGGGCUCAGUUUCUUUCAACUUGGAAACCCAUCAUCUCGCCCAAAGCAUUUGCGGGCUCAUAGUCAAAGGUCAAUGGAACUAUCCCUUCCACUCCAAGUUCUCUUCGGUCCUCACCUCCUCUGUCGUCCAUCAAGUCCUCCUUAACUUCUCCCUCCGCGGUCCCAAUCCUUCCCAUCUCCUGGCGUUCUUCAAGAACGUGGAGUCGAUGCCCAGGUACAAGCACUCCCUGCAGUCCUCGUGGACCAUGAUCCACAUCCUCACCAGGCACGGGCACUUCAAGAGCGCCCAGGACCUGCUCGAGAAAAUCGCUCUGAGAGACUUCUUGUCUUCCCCGUCGGUUUUGGGCGCUCUGGCGAGGGCCCACGAUGACCCGGAUGCGAAUUCGCAGGUUUUCAGCUGGCUGGUGAUAUUUUACGCGAAUUCCAGGAUGACCCAGGAUGCGGUCCAGGUGUUCGAGCACAUGAGGGUGUGCGGGCUUAAGCCGCAUUUGCCUGCCUGCACUGUGAUGCUGAGUUCUUUGGCGAAGGAAAGGUUGACUGAUAUGGUGUGGAAAUUAUACAAGAAAAUGGUUAGGCUCGGGGUCGUUCCGAAUAUUCAUAUAUAUAACGUGCUGAUUCAUGCUUGUUGCAAGUCUGCAGAUGCGGAGAAGGCGGAAAAUAUAUUGAUUGAGAUGGAGUCUAAAUGUGUCCAUCCUGACCUUUUCACGUUCAAUACGUUGAUAGCGUUGUACUGCAAGAAGGGCAUGCAUUAUGAAGCUCUGUGUGUUCAAGAUCGAAUGGAAAGAGGAGGAGUUAGUCCUGAUAUUGUAACCUAUAACUCUCUUAUAUAUGGACUUUGUAGGGAAGGCAGGAUGAGAGAGGCUGUAAGGCUUUUUAGGGAGAUCAAAGGCGUUACGCCUAAUCAUGUGACGUAUACCACCUUAAUUGAUGGGUAUUGCAGAAUAAAUGACCUUGAAGAGGCUUUAAGGUUGCGAGAGGUGAUGGUGGCCAAAGGUCUGUAUCACGGCGUUGCAACGUACAAUUCGAUCCUGCGUAAGUUAUGUGAAGAAGGUAGAAUGAGGGAUGCCAACAAGCUAUUGAAUGAGAUGAGCGAGCAGAAAGUAGAACCUGAUAAUAUUACGUGCAACACUUUGAUUAAUGCAUACUGCAAGAUAAGGGAUACGAGGUCUGCACUGAAAGUGAGGAAUAGGAUGCUCGAGGCUGGACUGAAGUUGGACCAAUUCACGUACAAGGCACUGAUUCAUGGUUUCUGCAAGGUUCAAGACAUGCAUAACGCAAAAGAUUUCCUCAUCAGCAUGCUUAAUGCUGGAUUUUCUCCCAGCUACUGCACUUAUUCCUGGCUCAUAGAUGGCUACUGCGACUUAAAUGAGGAAGAGGUUAUACUGGGCCUCCCAGAUGAACUUGCUAAGAAAGGUCUUUGUAUCGAUGUUUCUCUGUACAGGGCGCUAAUAAGGAGGUUCUGUAAAAGAGAGAGGAUUGAUUAUGCUGAAAGAGUCUUUUCAAUAAUGAAAGAGAAGGGUAUGUUGGGAGAUAGUGUCAUAUAUAGUAGUCUAGCCUAUGCCUACAUGAAAGCAGGGAACACCGCAGCCUCGUCGGCCAUGUUGGAUGACAUGUAUCAGAGGAGGUUAAUGAUAACUUUAAAAAUCUAUAGAAGCUUGAAUGCUUCCUGUGUCGGUGAUGAAAACAUCUUAAGGUUCUUUUGGAACGAGGUGGUCAACAGAGGCCUAAUGUCAAAAAGCAGUUUGAAGGAUAUUCAACAUCCCGAUUGGCAUUCAUGAAGGUGUUCAACAGAGGCCUAAUGUCAAAAAGCAGUUUGAAGGAUAUUCAACAUCCUGAUUGGCAUUCAUGAAGUAAGAGCAUUGACUCUUGGUAAGCUCAUUAUUUUUAGCUCCACAAUAUGAGUUACUCAACCCAUUAGUGAGUUGUUUAAUGAAGCUCCAAACCUCUAUAGAAAAGAAAAGGUCCAGUGCAGGUUUUCUGUGAGCUGUCAUUUUAGCUUUGAGGUUGCGUGAAUGCCACAGCCCAGUCAAGUGCGCAUUGCUGUCUCCUCAAGUUACUCGCCACAUACGAGCAGCACCAAUGAGUUGGACAUAGCUUGGGGCAUCAUCUUGACCCCCUAGGCACAGAUCACUGCCACGCUAAGGUUCCUCGGGAGUUUUCUAAAGCCACGAUGCUGGUGUCUUCGGGUCCUCUAUUUCACAAGCAACCAAAGAUAAGACCAAUGAGACAAGGACCAGUCCGGCAGCUAUCUCUUGGCAAUGGCCAGUGCUGCCGUGCAGUAGGCCUUGCAGGCAGCAAAGCGUAUGAAGAGAAUGGCUCGUGGUGCUCAGGAAACUAUGAAGCACGCUUGGAAUUGCUGCCAAUGCCAACUAGGAUGAUGUGAGAAUGUUAUAGCAAAUGAUCUGCAUAUAAAUACUAAGGGCUGUAUACGGUUGCUGCCAAGUCUGUCGUAUUUUACUUUGAAUGAGGUGUUUUUAGGUCCUAACAUGGAAGUUUAAAAUCAUCUCUGGUACUUGCCAGAGGCGACAUUCUACAUGUAUGCCUUAAUUGAUUUCAAAAGAAAUACGAUUCCUCCC